CGAGAGACUCAGUGUGAAAGUGACCGUAGAACGUAGUAGAGAGCGGUUGGGCCCUCGAAGAGCAACUCCGGGGCCUAUUCUCGCGCGCGCUCGCAUUCGACAAUAUUCAUUAAGCAAUACCGGUAUGCAAAAAUGUGAGAACCCGUAAAGCAUAAGAGAAACGAAAAUGUUUCUGCACUACGUACGAUACCGCGUUUUAGUACUCGUCGUUUUCACGCUCUGCAAAGCAUCGGAAAGUAGCAAACCAAUUAUUUCGCCAAGCAAAGAAGAAAUUGUGUUAAAUGAAGGAGAAUCUUUAGAGAUUACAUGCACAGGCUUAACACCAGUUAAAUUUGUUUAUCCUGAUGCCAUUAUAGAAGCAUUUAACACUUCAACACCGAGAAUAAGCGAGAAUAAGGAAAAUAGCGUUUACAAAUAUAUGUUUCAACGCCCAAAAACCAUUUUUGGCGAUACAGGCUGGUACGGUUGUGUCGAUUAUAAUGUUGAAAUUAUUCCAAAUUUCGUUGAUAAUUCCGAGGUAAUACCGAGGAACUGGCUAUACGUUUACAUAAAAUCUAGUACGAAUUUAUUCGUUGAAGCGGAUACCUUUGCUCAUCUGAAUGCAGUUGCUGGUGGUAGUAUAGUAAUACCCUGCAGACCUACAUCACCGGAUCUAGUACCUACCUUAUCCAACAAUAACGAAGACGAGUUGGAGAAAAAGGCAUCAUUUGAUCCUAGAAUUGGUUUCACGAUUAGGAACCUCACAGUAAAAGACAGCGACUGGUACAAGUGCUCGAUAGAGAAGGACGGCGAAGAGCACGAGGUCAAUUACGUCUUGUCUGUGCAUCUAAAACAAACUCUGCCCGAACCGAAAAUUCACGAUGACACUUUGCGCCAUGUCACACGCGGACAAGACCUAUACGUGAAUUGCACCGUUGAGGUUGAUGCAUCCGUCCGAUAUGUAUUUAAUUGGAGCACGCCGGAACAGAGCAACAGCAGAGUAAGCACUCAACAGUUUAGAAAACAGCUCGACGGCAAUUAUCUCUUAGUUACGUGUCAGUUGACGGUAUUUAACGUAACAGACGAGGACGCAGGAGAGUACGAAUGCGUCAUUAGAUCGAUUCACGACAUAAAGAAGACAACGAAAAAUAUUACGAUACACGAUCCUCAAAUAAAGUAUAUUAAUCUUACGUCUCAACAUAUUGAGAGAUAUUAUCAAGGUGAAAAAGGCGGAAAAGUGCAAUGGGUCGUUUAUGUUGAUGGAUAUCCAAAACCGCAUUUACAAUGGUUUAAACCAAAUGGUCAGGAAAUUACAGAGAGUCCAAAGUAUUCUGUGAACACAAGUACAACAGCUACCAUUUUAAAGAUAAGCAAUUUAGAAAUAACGGAUACAGGAGAUUAUAUUCUUGAAGCUAAAAAUGACCACAUGAUACAAAAGCUUAAUUUUACACUCAAUAUCAUAGCUAAGCCGGUUGCCAUAUUAACAGAGAUUGAAUCUUAUUAUGCACCUAAUGAAACUGCGGAAUUCCGCUGCGAAGUACUAUCUCAUCCUGCGUCAAACAUAACAUGGAAUUUUUUGAGAUGUCCUAAUUAUCCGUCACUUGAAAAUUCAACAAUUGUGCAAAUGACGGAUGUAAUGCAAAGCGUUUACAGCUCCAGCUACGGAUUCGAAUCGAGAGCAAGAAUGCCUAUCGAAGUAUCGGGGAAAGUAACAUGUAAGGCUUGUAAUUCCCUCGAUUGUGAUGCCGUGACGGAGAACAUUUUUGUAUCCGAUGGAGUAGGUGCUUUUGGUAUUAUCGGACCAAAGGAAUUGGUAACAAAAGGCGAUAAUGUUGAACUGAUAUGUGCUGCUUCUAUUUAUAAUUACACAGAUGAGCUAACAUGGACAAGAUUGGAAAACCAGACACAUGAAACACCAGUUAUAGAAACAGAAAGAAUACAGAUUAUACAACAUAAAACCCCGUUCACGUAUCGAUCAAUUUUAAAGAUUCAUUAUGUCCAAGAAUCAGAUGCUCAGGAUUAUAUUUGCAAUGGCAAAUGCACAAAUGAAUUGAAUCACGACGUCUUAGAUACAACUCUUUCUGAUUAUGCAAUCUACAAAUUAAUUGCCCAUGAUCCAGUACCGCCGUUUUUUACCAAAACUAAUAUGAACAAGACUACAGUGAAAAAUAUCGACGUGAUCGCCGAAGGCCAUAAAACGGUGAUUUUGCAAUGUUUUGCUGAUGGGAUGCCUAAGCCAAUAAUUGCAUGGUACAAGGACGAUGUACUGCUAAAAGAAAAUGAUCAAUAUUUAUUCAAAUUUAAUUAUCAGGAGCUUAAUAUUAAAUAUUUUAAGCAACAUGAUAGCGGAAAGUAUUCGUGCCAAGCUAUGAAUCGAUUAGGCAUCAAUGAAACUUAUCAGCAGAUAAUCGUAAAAAAUUCAAAAUGGGAAAAACUUGACAUAAUAUUAGCUGCUUCAAUAGCUAUUUUAGGUAUUAUCUUAGUGAUUUUAGCGAUCUUCUUUACGAUUAAGGUUCGUCGUGAAAAGAAAAUGAGAAAAGAAUUGAUGGAAGCAGGUCUCAUGCACUUUGAAGAAGGUGCUCUAGAAUGUCUAAAUCCAGAUUUGACGGUUGAUGAUCAAGCAGAGCUUCUUCCUUAUGAUAAAAAGUGGGAAUUUCCAAGAGAACGAUUGAAGCUCGGAAAACAAUUGGGCAGUGGUGCUUUUGGAGUUGUAAUGAAAGCAGAAGCGCAAGGAAUAUGCGAAACUGAAACUGUCACGACUGUCGCCGUGAAAAUGGUACGUCGAACUACCGAGCCGACUUAUGUACGUGCACUUGCCAGUGAAUUAAAGAUCAUGGUGCACCUUGGCAAGCAUUUAAAUGUCGUCAAUCUUCUUGGUGCAUGCACUAAAAAUAUUUCGAAACGCGAAUUGUUGGUGAUUGUCGAAUAUUGUCGUUUCGGAAAUUUGCAUAAUUAUCUUUUGAGACAUAGAAACAAUUUUAUUAAUCAAAUCGAUCCCAACACUGGAAAACUCGAUCUUACUAUCGGUAUGGAUAUGCUGACGAGAACUGGCAGUGUCAGUAGUAAUAACAGGAUAAAAUAUGCAGCAUUAUCCUUCUCUCGCAGUCUUAGUGCGAAUUCAGGCACCGAUACGGUGGUGCACUAUUAUCCAGGAACGGACCCGGACACCCAAAUCAACUUUUCGCCAGACGGCUGCGUUCUCAGCAAUAAUUCAUCUCAAGGAUGGAGGACAAAUUAUCGCGGUGAUUACAAAGACCAAAAUCUCACACCGAUUUGCACUCAAGAUCUUUUAUCGUAUGCCUUUCAAGUAGCACGUGGAAUGGAAUAUCUCAGUCAAAGAAGGGUAUUGCACGGCGACCUUGCCGCCAGAAAUAUCUUGCUUUGCGAGAACAAUAUAGUAAAGAUCUGCGAUUUUGGCCUAGCAAAGACUAUGUACAAAGAUGAUAAUUAUAAAAAGAAAGGCGAUGGUCCGUUGCCUAUAAAAUGGAUGGCAAUCGAAUCAAUUAGAGAUCGAAUUUUUUCGACGCAAAGUGAUAUAUGGUCAUUCGGAAUAGUUCUUUGGGAAUUCUUUACCCUGGCUGAGACGCCGUAUCCUGGCAUGGAGGCCGAGAAAUUGUAUCAAAAAUUGAUCGAAGGCUACAGAAUGGAGCAGCCAGAGUAUGCCAUUCGCGAAAUAUAUGACAUAAUGUCACAAUGUUGGAAAGCUAAACCCACACUACGCCCAAGUUUCACAGACCUCGCGGAGAAUAUUGGUAAUUUAUUGGAGGAAAGCGUGAGAUCGCACUAUAUUAGUCUGAAUACCCCAUAUAUGGAUUUGAACACGAUGAUCCUGGAGAGUGGUAAGAAUGACUAUUUAACAAUGAUGUCCGCGCCGGAUCACGGAGCUUUAUCGUCACCGGGACAUAAUUAUGCGAAUUCACCAUUCUCGGAGGGCGCGCCAGAUUCGACGUACUUAUGUAUGAGUCCCAGCUGUCAGACAAACGAGUCCGGGAUAUUUAGUCCUAGGCCAAAUGAGGAUCGUUCGCAUUUCGAGUUCCCGUCACCAGCAUCGGACUCGGAGGAUGCGGUCGAAUUGUCACCCAUGUUAAAACAAGAGGAGGACCCCUACCUGAAGCCGAUUAACGUACAGGAGCGAAGGGCAGAAUUCGCACGACAGAGACAAGCGAUGAAAAACCAGAUGGCCGAGAGACCGAUCGAUCGAGAUUCCGGUUACUGCAACGCGCCGCGAAAUCUUCAUCUGAUCGACCUGAAUGAUGUGGAUGAAAACGACGCGGCUGAGCGAGCGGGCGUGGACUCGAAAAAGGACUACGCGCCGUCUAUCAUUAGUACUCAGGAUAAUUACGUGAACAUGCCAAAACAGAAGAGCGAUCUAAGACUGGGUGUGCCAGACGGCUUCAGCAAUCCUAGCUACGUGAUGAUAAAUACCCGCGAGAUGGAUCAGAGAGCUUAGUUCGCUUAUAAUGAUUUCAGUCGUGUGUUUUUGUGACUAUUGAACCGUUUUAAAGACAGGAUUCAAUGUGACUUAGUGAUUUGUUUGUAAUUUUGUAUUGGACUGACUUUUUCUACUAUUAUAGUUAUAAUUGUAUAUCUUGAUAUUAUCGUGGAAUCACAGACCUCCAUAUACGCAUAUAGAAUUAUGUGCGUGGAACAUAGUAUCUAAUAAUAUCAAAUAACAUCCAAUUUAGUAUUUUGUGAAAUGUCUCUCAAUCGAUGUGCCAUGGUAAUUAAUAGGAUCAGCGAGAAAUGUGAUUAAUAGCGUCAGUGAAUAGAAAUAAAAAAAUUAUUUCUUAUGAAUAUAUAUCACAGAGAGCAUAAAACACUCAUUGUCAGUAUAUUCGUGCUUAUUAUAUGCAAAGAUUUUAAUUCUCUUAUUUAUUUAUUUUCAACGCGAUUUGAUAUAGAUUUUUUGUUUGCAAAAUGGUUUACAUAUUUCCUCACGGGAAUAAGGUUUUACAAAAAAAUUAUAUUUUAUCAAUAAAUGCACUUCCUGAUCUUAAGAAUUAACAUUUUCGAAUAUUUUAUGAUGCUUUCUAUCUGGAAUAUAUAUAACAAUUCGAAACAUUUAUCAAACUAUAAAUAACUAAUAUAUUCUCGGCAAAUUGUGCAUCUGUGUAUAAUUAUUGCGUAUGAUUUAUUUGCUAAUACAAAAAAUGUAUCAUAAAAUUGUUAUCUACUAAGACUUUGGAAUUUAAAUACCUAAUUAGUUAAUAUUUUAGAAUAUUAAAUAACAUUGUAAUAUUGUCAUAUUAAUUUCUUUCUCGUCACAUAUACAAAGUACAAUGAUAUGGAAUACUUAAACAAGAUAUAAUAUAUGAUAAGAAAAUGCUUUGC